AUGGACCGAUUAAGGCUGUUGAAUGGUCGCGGUCCGGCAUAUACGAUGCUCGGCCUUCAAAUCUACCAGACCUACGCGGUUUGUGUGCUGAGCGUGUCGGCGGCGCUGUGCAUGGUCGUCAUCUACAUUUCGUGCCAGUUGCAUCGACAGCAGAAGAACAACUACUCGUGGAUUGUGGGCUUCAACACGUCGGUGGAUCUUUUCUACGCCCUGGUUUAUGGCGUUUGUAUGCCGGUAAGUGGGGGGAAGAUUCGAUGGUGUUGACACUGUAGGACCAAGACAGGUGCCGUUGGCCGAAAAGUCAACCAAUUUGUCUCCGGUUUCGCAAUCUCAUUAAAAAUUUAUAAAUGUCGGCAACAAUUCCUAAAUCAAAUUUUUUCGUAUAAAAUGUCACCAAACAUGGGAAAGCAUAGCGAAAAAAUUACAGUGGCAAUAUUUUCAGUUGUCGUACGUCACUGUAAAGCAGUUAUUUGCGAUUCGAUCUAAAAAAUCUUGUUUUCAUUGAACACCUUUUUUCGUAUAAAAUGUCUCCAAACAUGGGAGAUCAUGGCGAAAAAUUACACUGGCAUAAUUUUGAGUUUUUUAGGUUUUUCUGCAGCAUUUAUUUGCAAUUCAAAACUAUUUAAAAAAUCACGUUUUACAUUGGGCAUCUUUUUUUCGUAUAAAAUGUCGCCAGAUAUGCGAUAUCAUAGCAAACAACUAUACUGUCAUCAUUUUGAGCGGUCGUACACAUCUACAUAGCAUUUUAUUUUCAAAUCGAUCUAAAAACCUCGUUUCCUUUGAGCACCUUUUUACGUAUAAAAUGUCACCAAACAUGGGAAAGCAUAGUCAAAAAAUUACACCGACAUGACUUUGAGUUGUAGUGCGUAUCUACAUAGCAUUUUGUUUGCGAUUCGAUCUAAAAAUCUCGUUUUUCAUCGACCACCUUUUUUCGUAUAAGAUGUCGCCUUGUCUAAAACCAACCCUUAUCAGCGUCAGAUUGCUUCGUAAGGAAUUUGCAUACGGAAAUAUGGACAAAUAUUUAAUUCAUAGGUCUAGAAUUUAAAACAUGUUUAAUAAUGCUGCACUUUAAGUUUAAUUUAAGGUCAAAAUGUGGUCUUGCACAAUAUUUCUUAGUCGACCAUGUCCCAGUUCGCGGUUAUUUCCGAUACACAGGUGUUCUCAAGACGGAAAUGUCAUCGAAUUACGUUGACUUCCUUUUUGCCACCGUCUUGUCAUAAGCUAAACGUCUUUCAACAAACAAUAGAAAUACUCCAAGCGCGAUGCUCAGAAUUUCACAAGAUUUGGCAUACACUUAUGGUAUAACCCAUCGAGCAAUCUCUGAAAAUCCCAGCUAGCGCUUUGCACGGAUAGCCGAGAUAUUCAACGAUCUUUUUGGCCGAGAGAGUACGAAAAAUGAGGAGAGCGGUCAGAGAAAAGUCCACUUUUUGGCCGUACCCUAGAAAACAAGGCCAUAAAUUUGUGCCAAGUUUCGUCAAAAUCAAAGCGUCGCAUUUGGAAUAUUUUUCGUCUUGAAACGAAAAAUUGGGAUGCCAAUGUAGGGUUCUUGGCAUUAUGCACCAAAAUGUAUUUGCGGCUGUACAAGGAUCGAAAACACUUUUUGCUGUCGAAAUGUUGCUGGCGAUGAUGAAAGACCCUAUAAACUUGUCAUAAAACACAAUGCCAAAAUAUUCCAAAAUGGCGGGAAAAUUGACAUUCAAAUUUUUUUGAAAGAAAAAAGAUAAGAAAGCUUUUUUUGAGCAAUAAAUGGGCCGGGCCGGAUCUGAAAGUCGUCAGGGUCGGGCUGCCCCGGAAAUAUCAAAAAGCUCGGCCAUCGAAGCCAUGUCAAAGCCAUAUCAGAGCCAUCUCUUGCAUUUUUACACCACCAACGUCUACUCUUUCAGAGCAGUUCCAUCCGCUAUCCCUCCAUCUACUUGAUGGUGCACAACCCGCUCUUCGAGCAGUCCAACCCGACCGUCAUCCGGGUCCUGGUCGUCAUCCGGCUCUACGUCACGCUGAUCGACUCUCCCUUGAACGGGAUCCACUUUUGGUACCGCUACAACGCAAUGUGCCGCCAGAAGUUCUGGUCGUGGCGAGAGUACAUCAAGGUGUAUUGCAUUGUGGUCUCGCUCUCCACCGCCCACAUCUGCAUGAUGUAUUACAAUGCGCAGGAGGAUCGGGUGCCCACGGCGGGCGAUCCCCGCAAUCAGACCAUCAAUUCGCGACAUGUGGUUUAUUCGGUGGUAGGUGAAGAAAAUGGGGAAUAUCUUGAAAAACGAUUAUGAUGUCUUCUUCAAAUUGAUAAAUUUUUCUAUUAGAUGAGCCAUAAAGAGCUCAUGAAAAAAUCAAAAUGCCAAUUUUCUACUGCAAACUUCUUCAUGAAGGAGGCUGGCUAGAGCCUUGAUUUUAUCACCGUCGGAAAGCCGAGGCCCUCAGGAAUCCGAAAGUGUAAAAAUCAGGCGACCUUCAUAUCACAGGUUUUGAGAUACAGCUCUCACAAUAGUGCACUACCCACCUAAAGGCCAAGAAGCAGCCUCUGAAAAUUUUAGCUCUCGGUUUGGAGUUUCUUUUAAAAAAACGGUAAAAAUGCCUGGUUAACUUUACGGUAACUAUUCAGGCCACUUAUACACCUGGAAACUUAUUUGGCAACGUCUAACUGUCAGAUAAAAAACAACUUUUUGCAACCGGCGUAAGAGCCGAUCGAUCUCUGUUUCAAUAAAAGGAAAACAUUUAUAUUUAAUUUCAGACUCUUCUCCGAAUCAUUGUCAUCGUCUACAUGCAAUUGUUGGCCGUUGUACAUUACGUGUUGAUUAUCUACUUUGGCUUUCAUAUUUACAAGGCUGUUCGAAGUCAGUCUCGUCGCUCCAUUAACACGACGCAAGCCGCUCAAAAGGCGCUAUUUCAUGUGAUGAUUUUACAGGUAAACAAAGAUCUAGAGAAUUCAAAAUCUGAGUGUCGCACUUUGACUACUUCCCUCUGUAAAUCCAACUAAUUUUUCCUGAUUUUACCCGAAUUGCAGGCGCUCUACCCUCUUAUUUUAUUCUGCCUGCCGUGUGUCCUCCUCUUGUCCUGUGUCCUGCUCAACAUUCAACUCGGUUCCACUUCACUGAUCAUGGUGGCGCCGCUCCAUCUGACGCCCAUCCUCAGCUGCAUCUCCGUCUUGACGAUGAUGCCCUCCUAUCGGCGCGCCUUCAACCGACUCAAAAACUGCGGCAAAGUUGGUGUCCUGUCGCAGGCCGAGGGCAAUGCCAACAUCUUGAAGAUGGCCGCGUCGAUGCGAGUGAUGUUUCUUCGGCAGAACGCGCUUGAUCUGCAUACCACACAGACCGACUCGAUAUCGUAUCCAUCCAAUCUUUUUCACCGACGAAAGUAAUAAAUAUUGAAGCCUCUAUUGCGGGAAUUGAAUGCAGUAAAAGACGCUCGCGGUAACAGCAAUCGACCCGUAGCUGGGUCCCGUCACGAAACCAGAAAGGACAUUGGCAUUCCGUCACAACCGACCGAGAACGGAGAUUUGGAAAGAUGAAGAGGCCCAGUAUUAGAAGAAGCUUCCCGAGCGAGCGCUUGGUCGUCAGAGCUUGGCAAGUUCGUCAAGAAGCAGCGGAAUGA